UAUAUGUAUAGCUUGAAACUCCAGUUCCACUGUAAUAGCGCCAAAAAAAAAGACCAAAUUCAGACAGAAGCAAUUUCAAAAAUGCAGGUAGCCAUGAACUUAGUGUCACCACCUCUUUCGAUUGUAAUACCCACCAAACCUUCUUUGCCAUUGAAAUCCAUUGCAAGGAUUCAAGGUCGCCAAUUUCCUCAGAUCAGAGCAGCUGAGGUGGAACCAGACACUACAACAGUUGAUUACAGCUCCAUGACCUCCAGUGUAUUCCCGGCUGAGGCUUGCGAGACAAUCGGUGGGGAAGCUUGUGAUGUUGAAAUGUACCCAGAAACGAAGCUCAAACCAGAGACUGUAAACACAGUGCCAAAACCUGCUUCAGAACAGGUUGAAAGAGAGUAUAUAGACUACAAAAAUCCCAAAACGGUGUUUUUAGAAGAAGCCUGUGAUGAUCUUGGAGGAGAAUUCUGUGACCCCGAGUAUCAAGGCAAAGGUAACUAGAAAAUCAGGGGUGAAUUCACAGAUGUUACCCAAGAUAUCAACUUCAUAUUGUCAUUGAGGUUCCUUCUUCCUUGUGUAUAGUUCCGUGCAAUCACUUGACAGUGUACCUGACAAAGUUGUGAAAUAAAUAACAGAACUUUGCAGAUAGUGACU